CCCCCACGUGCUCGUGAACUCUCUCUUUCUCUUUUAGUUUGGUCCGGUUUUGGAAGGGACUUUGACUUUCUCUUGUGCGCUUAGACUUGGUCGGUCGUAGCUCUCCGAUGGCGAUCAGAGGAAUCGUUGCGAUUUCAACGGCGGUGGUGGUGCUGUUUCUGCUGACGAUUAAUCACGGAGAAGCUAUAUGGCUGACGAUUCCGGCGACGGGAGGGACGAAGUGCGUCUCAGAGGAGAUACAGAGCAACGUCGUCGUUUUGGCUGAUUACUACGUCGUGGAUGAGCAGAACCCUGGAAACACACCUGCUGUUUCUGCUAAGGUUACGUCUCCAUAUGGGAACGAUCUGCAUCACCAAGAGAAUGUAACGCAUGGUCAGUUUGCGUUCACGACGCAAGAAACGGGAAACUACUUGGCUUGUUUCUCGGUUGAUUCAAGUCAUCCGCUACCUAACCCGUUGACACUUGGGAUUGAUUGGAAGACUGGUAUCGCCACCAAAGAUUGGGACUCUGUUGCUAAAAAGGAAAAGAUCGAGGGUGUUGAGCUUCAGUUAACGAGACUUGAGGGGUUAGUGCAGGCGAUCCGUGAGAACAUCGAUUAUAUAAAGAACAGGGAAGGAGAGAUGCGAGAAGUGAGUGAAGCAACCAACGGAAGAGUGGCUUGGUUCAGUAUAAUGUCACUUGGGGUUUGCCUUUCCGUUACGGGUGUACAGAUAUGGUACCUGAAGCGGUAUUUCCACAAGAAGAAACUCAUCUAAAGACUUUGGCUUUGAAGGAUACUUUGCUAUGUUUAGUAACAUUACAGAUUCCCUCCCACCUUUGAAAAGAGGGAAAAUCUCAAAGAUUGUAGAGUUAACUGGUUACAAUCACAUUUACAUUUAUUAUUUUCUUUGAAA